AUGGGGAUGCUAACCUUCUGUCGCUUCCUCAGCCGACCUUAUCCCCAUUACCGGGACGGCCCAACCCUGUUCUCCUUCCAACAACAGUUCCUCAUGGAGGAAUCCAGUGCGCGUGAGCGCCGCAAGUCCGACUCCGUCAUGGCCCCCGAGUCGCUGGCCACCACCCCUUCCGUCGACGAGAUGAUCGACAACCCGUUCCUCGACGACUAUGACCCUGACCAUGAUGACUUCUACUCCCCGCCUGCGUCCCCCGGCCAACGUUCGCGUAACCAGUCUUUCUCCAACAGCAGCUCUUACCAGGAAGACUGGGAGACCUUUCCGCCUCUCGACAAGCUGACCAUCUUCGACCUGCUUGAUAAUAUCCAGCUGUCGCAGCGGUUCGAGAAAUGGCAGCGCGCGCUCACCAUGCAGCGCGAGAAGGUGCGCAGACAGCGCGAGAAGUUGCGGUUCACGGGCGUGAACGCGAGGGAGCGCGUCGUCGGCGAGUUCAGGCGUCGAGUACCGACCGCCGAUGAGCAGCUCGAGAAGUACCGCCGCCGCAUGAAGGAUGGCGUCGAGCGCCUGGGUAAACAAUGGAACAAAACGGCCACCGUGACCGUGCGCGAGAAGGUCUCCUUCAUUGCGGGUGUGCUCAACAUCUUCAUCAGCGGAUAUCUCAUCGGCGCCUGCCCCCAAUUCUUCUACUACUGGUUCACGGCCCAGCUGGCCUACUUUAUGCCCAUCCGCUACUACACCUAUCACGCCAAGGGCUACCACUACUUCUUGGCCGAUCUCUGCUACUUUGUCAACCUGCUCUGCAUGCUUACCAUCUGGGUAUUCCCCGGCUCUAAGCGGUUGUUCAUCAGUACUUACUGCCUGACCUUCGGUAAUAAUGCGGCCGCGAUUGCCAUGUGGCGUAACUCCUUGGUCUUUCACAGCAUGGACAAGGUGGUCAGUCUCUUCAUCCACAUCAUGCCGCCGGUCACUUUACACUGUAUCGUCCACUUAACCCCAGUCGAGAUGCUGAAGGAGCGCUUCCCAGCUGUCUAUGCCAUUAAGUUCAGCCAGCCUGGUGACCCCGAGCACUACUCGCUGGGUGCGAUGAUCAUAUGGGCCACUGUGCCUUACUUGUUUUGGCAGUUGAUGUAUCAUUUGAUGAUCACUGUGCGCCGUGCCGACAAGAUUGCUGCCGGUCGCCCGACCAGCUUCACCUGGCUCCGCAAGUCCUACUCCAAGGCCUGGAUCGGCAAAUUCGUCCUGAGCCUGCCGAAUGCACUGCAAGAACCGGCCUUUAUGAUGAUACAGUACAGCUUCGCCCUAUCCACCAUGGUCCCAUGCCCCAUUUGGUUCUGGUCUCGAUGGGCGAGCGGUAUCUACAUGUCUGCCCUUUUUGUCUGGAGCAUUUACAACGGCGCAACCUACUACAUCGACGUCUUCGGCAAGCGCUUCCAAAAGGAGCUGGAGCAGUUGAAGAAGGAUGUCGUGCGAUGGCAGAGUUCCCCCGACUUUGCCACUAGCCCGCUCAUCCUCCCCGAUAGCUACACUCCUGUCAGCGGUGCUCUCGGCGCCCCCGCCCCUCUGGAGAAACGCUCCAGUAUCGAUCGUAUCCCGCUUUUGGAUUCUACUGUGGCGGCAAUUGCCACGGCCCAUGAGGCUCCCCAAGCCACCGAUUCCACCGUUCGCGAGAGAAUUUAG